UUUAAACACCACCAUGCCUUUGAUUUUGGGCAUUGCUAACGACUGCACAAGAUUCCAAAAACCGUCCAUAUAUACCAAAGUUCUCAUAGCAUUCUCCAAAUAUGCUCCACAUGCACAUUUUGUUCUUAUAUACUCACUACUUGUGCUAGUCCCCUCCAUUCACAUCAACAUUUUACUUGUCUUUUCCUUUUUUUUUCAUCAAUGGAAGCUAAGUUAAUUUGGCAAAGCCGGAGCCCCACCGUGUCGUCUUCGAGGCGAGCAGAUAAGCGGCAGUGUCGUCUGGUUCAUUCGGUGCUAGCUAGGCCGCUGGAGAAUUUAGUUACGGAGAGGUUGAGGUUGAAGAAGUUAAAGCCUGCAGAUAGCAAAGCUGGUAGCAGUGUACAUAAUGAUAGCUGGUUUGAUCUUUUGGCUAUUAAUUAUCUAUCCCAAAGUCUACAAGCUGCAACAGGGGUGAAGAGCAUGUCGAGUGGGUACGAGAGCUUGGUGGAGACGACGGCGAUGAUGUCGAAGAGAUUCAAUACUAAAACGCAACAGAAGCUUGUCGUUAAAGCUCUUGACAGUGCCAUCCCCAAGUUCAUUCUAGACAUGAUAAGAACAUUGCUGCCUCAAUCUCAAUUCACAAGGGAAUAUUUCGCCGCCUUCACCACCGUAUUUUUCGCCUGGCUCAUCGGACCUUCUGAGGUCCGGGAAUCGGAGUUCGACGGACGGAGAGAAAAGAAUGUCGUCUAUGUAAAAAAGUGCAGGUUCCUGGAGCAGAGCAACUGUGCUGGAAUGUGCAUCAAUCUCUGCAAGAUGCCCUCUCAAGCCUUUAUUAAGGAUUCCCUGGGAAUGCCGGUAAACAUGGUUCCAAAUUUUGAUGAUAUGAGCUGCGAGAUGAUUUUCGGUCAGGAACCUCCAGCAUCGAUCGACGAUCCGGCGCUCAAGCAGCCUUGCUACAAAUUAUGUAAGGCAAACCAAAUGCACACAGUGAAGAGCUCCGGCCAAUGCAUUUAGGGGAAACGGGAACUUUAACAACGGUUUUCAUCGACGACAAAAGUUGACCUGAAAAUCUUUUCAUUAUUGUUCAAUACAAAUACUUGUAAAAUACUGAAAACUUUCAUU